AACACGUCCGGCCGGGCCCAGCUAGCUCUAACCGGCUAGCAGGACUGUUGACACCUCCCCGAAAACCUCGGCAGCAGCGAAGCUGCAGAGUCGACAUGGCUGGAAAAUAUCGCAACAGUUUUGUAAAGAGGGAUGAAAUACUUCCAAAUCAUUUGGAAUAAAAUUCAUCACGAGAUGUGAUCCACCAUCCACAAUGUGUGAGGACAUUUAAGAACGAUUUAGUUCGGAAAAAAACCCCAAAUCUUGAUUCCAGUGGAAUCUUCCAUAUAUCUAUAUAUAUAUAAUUAUUAUAUUUUUCCCCCCUUGUGUUAAUUCUUACAUUUAUAUCUAUAUACACCAAUCGCACCAACAUAUAACCAUGCCUGUGCAAGCGCCACAAUGGACAGAGUUUCUGCUGUGCCCGAUCUGCACGCAGACGUUCGAAGAGACUGUUCGCCGGCCCAUCAGCUUGGGCUGUGGACACACUGUGUGCAAGAUGUGCCUGAACAAGUUGCACCGCAAGGCCUGUCCCUUCGACCAGACGGCCAUCAGCACGGACAUCGAGCAGUUGCCCGUCAACACAGCCCUGCUGCAGCUGGUGGGAGGCCAGGUUCCCAAGGCUCAGCCGGUGGCCUUGAUUACAAGUCCAGAGGACACUCAGAACUAUGAGGUGGCUAGACAGUGUGUGGAGGAGCUGGCCCUCUACCUCAAACCCCUCAGCAACACCCGAGGUGUGGGUCUGAGCAGCACAGCCCAAAGCAUGCUGAGUCGACCCAUGCAGAGGAAGUUGGUAACUUUGGUCCACUGCCAGCUGGUGGAGGAGGAGGGGCGUGUCAGAGCCAUGAGAGCCGCCCGCUCCCUCGGCGAGCGAACCGUCACCGAACUCAUCCUGCAGCACCAGAACCCGCAGCAGCUCUCCUCCAAUCUGUGGGCUGCUGUUCGUGCGCGGGGUUGUCAGUUUCUGGGCCCAGCGAUGCAGGAGGAAGCCCUGAAGCUGGUCCUUCUGGCUUUGGAAGAUGGUUCCGCUUUGUCCAGGAAAGUGCUGGUUCUCUUUGUUGUCCAACGGCUUGAACCACGCUUCCCCCAGGCCUCCAAAACCAGCAUUGGCCACGUGGUGCAGCUCCUUUAUCGGGCUUCCUGCUUCAAGGUCACCAAGCGGGACGAAGACUCCUCCCUCAUGCAGCUGAAAGAGGAGUUUCGUACGUACGAGGCUCUGCGGCGGGAGCACGACUCUCAGAUUGUCCAGAUUGCCAUGGAAGGGGGCUUACGCAUUGCACCUGACCAGUGGUCCUCUCUCUUGUAUGGGGAUCAGUCUCACAAGUCACAUAUGCAGUCUAUCAUAGAUAAGCUGCAGACCCCAGCAUCCUUUGCUCAAAGUGUGCAGGAGCUGACCAUUGCGCUGCAAAGGACCGGAGACCCGGCCAACCUCAACAUCCUGCGACCCCACUUAGAGCUGCUGGCAAACAUCGAUCCCAGUCCCGAUGCUCCUCCUCCGACGUGGGAGCAGCUUGAGAAGGGGCUGGUGGCGGUGAAAACGGUGGUGCACGGCCUGGUUGACUUCAUUCAACACCACAGCAAGAAAGGAGCUGAUCCUCAACAGCCUCCCCAGCACAGCAAAUACAAAACAUACAUGUGCCGCGACAUGAAGCAGAAAGGAGGCUGUCCCCGUGGAGCCAGCUGUACCUUUGCCCACUCUCAGGAAGAGCUAGAGAAGUACCGUAAGAUGAACAAGCGUCUGGCCGCUCGCUCGGGAGUCGGGGUGGUUUUUUCCGAAGAUGGCCUGGCGCCUGACGUAGCGAUGACCCGGAAGCUUUCGCCGAUCACCAACGGCAGCGGCGGGCCGAGCCUGCCCCAGUUAGUCGCCCGCGGCACCGACGCGGUCCCGUAUGAGCUGCUGCCUAAACCCGUCAAGAUGGAUGGAGGGAACCCAAGCGUCCCGGGUUCACCACCCGACGUCAUGGAUUCCAUGCCCAAAGCCGGUAUAGCACUGCCGCCACAUGCGAUGGGCCAUCCCAGGAUGCCAGCAGAUCACCUCUCAGGGGUUAACAAGCAUAUGCCCGGGGUCGCCAGAGGUUCGCCGGUUUAUUCUCAACCUCAGCCCCGCGAUGUGUAUGACAUUCGUCCCCCACCCGCCUCUCAGUAUGAGCCGCCACAGUACCCGGCAGGUUAUCCCUACCAACAGCCAACACAGUAUGUUCCCCGCGAAUACCUGCGUAACCCCCCUCCGCCCAGCGAGUCGGGGCCCCCGUACCACGACCCUUACAUAGGCUACAGCGCUCCGGAGCGCCCCUACCCCUCCCAGCACUCCGGCCCGCCUUUCACCUACACCCACCCGUCUCACUAUGACCGGGGUCACCACGGCGCCUACGGGGCCCAGCCUCCUCCCCCUCAGCCUUAUCCAUCUCAAAGGGAUCCGCUUGUCAAAAUGAAUGCGGCUCCCCUGGACGUGCCGCCGCCCUCAGCGGGGCAGGCCAACUCGCUCUACCAUCAGGAGCAAAGUUCCCGGGACCGGUACGCUCCCGAUGGUUACUAUCCACAGGGUUCCCAGCCGCCACCCAUGAGGACGUAUGUCAGGGGGUCACCAUACAGCGGUUCCCAGCCCAGCCUGGACUAUCUCCAUCGACGACGGCAGGAGCUGUUAUCUCAGCUGGCGGAAAGGAAGGUGAUCUCCCCUCCGCCGUUUGCCGCCUCCCCCACUCUUUCACAUCCCUUCCCCAGCGACUACCCCCCCGAGGUGCAGUAUGGCGACGAGAGCUCCAAAACGAUGGCGAAGUGCAGAGACUCCGACUACGCUGGGCAGUACUCCCCCUGGUCCUGCGAAACCAUCGGCUCCUAUAUUAACUCCAAGGAUGCCAAGCCCAAAAAUGUUAUGGUCCCUGGUACCAUGGAGAUGAUGAAUGUGGAGGAUAAAGGGCCGAGGGAACCGUCUUUGGAGGCUCCUCGUAGGGGAGCGGAAGUGAAAGACGACGACCCCAUUAUACCUUUCGGCCCCCAGCCCACUGUGUCGCGCUUUGGUGCCAUCUCCCGCACUUCAAAGACCGGCUACCAGACCACUGGCCCAGUGCAGGCCAUGGCCUCCUCUUCCCAGAACCCCAACGCUAAACACAUGAGCAUGCCAGAUUACUCUUAUGGAAAUCAUGGAGGAUGGGGUGGGGCUUCAUACCCCACCCACCACACUCCCUCCUCCUCCUCUCAGGGACACUUUGAGCGCCUUCCCAUGACAACCCCAGACAGAGAGCAGUUAAAGAUCGAGCUGCAGCAAGUCAAUCAGCAGAUCACCCAACAGACCCAGAUGCACAACAUAGAGGCUGCCAGUAACUCUUUGCUACUGCAGAGGGAUGCUGGCGCAUUGGUCGGCCACCCUGUGCAGCCCAGCCAGGGCCAGGCAGCAGCGGUUCCUCAGCAGCCUCAGGCCAAGUGGCCAGCAGGGGGUGCAAGCGUGUCAGCCGUCUCCAAUGAGCAGUUAAGCUUGGAGCUCCACCAGGUGGAGAGGGAGAUUGGCAAGAGGACCCGAGAGAUGGCUUUGGAAAACCAGGUAACUCAUGAUGUUCAGCAGUAUAAAAUGCAGCCUGCAGAGAACGGACAGCCAGAGCACGACACCCAGCUUGAAGACAUCUCUCUGGCUCUCGGCGAGGUGUCCAACGGCUCGAGCGGGCUGCAGGAGAAUGCAGUGGGCGGGUCCAUGCUGUCGCUGAGCAGUAAGACGGCGGCAAUGAGCCUGUGUUCAGACCCAGUCGUCACCGGUUCAGAGAUGCAGAAAAAUGGCGUGGUCCAUUCCUGCUCAUAGGAAGUACACGCUUACGUACACGCACGCACGCACGCACACACCCCGACACACGAACCAGAUGCUCAUUUUGAAAAGCAUGCACAGGCACACAUAAAACCAUUCUAUUUAGAAGAUGAGCAGUAUCUGCCGUGACGAAUUUUCUUUCUUUUUGUUCUGUGAAUGAGCUUUUUUAUGACUUUCCUUGCCUGGAAACCAGAGCAUAUAAUAACAUUUCUUGUGUGUUCUUUCUGUUUUUUUUUUUUGUUUUUUUUUUUUUUGUACUGGUAUUUGAUUAACAAGGCUCAAAAUUCAUACGUCAACAAGAACAAAUGGUGGUGACGAUGACCGCAUUUGCAUAUUUAUUUGAAAUGGAUGCGACGCAUUAGAAAUCAAAAUUGGAAGCUGAUUGCUUGCCCCGCCCCAGAAACAAUUUUUUUUUUUUUUUACCCGAGGUUUGUCCUUAAAGUCGUAACGGUUAAAUUCAGAGGCGCACGAGUUAGGACGCACUUCCACAUGGCGCGCAUUCUGAGGAGCUUUUGCCUUGACGUCUUGAAGCGUGACAGCAAUAUAGGAAAGAGCUAACGCGCGGCUCAGUGCUCGCCCCGCCCCCAAAAUCGUAACGAGAGGUUGGCCAGAUGUGGAUCUCUGAGGAGGGAAACGCAGAAUCAAGUCUCGCGUGUAUUCAGCCAAAACGCGCACAUCAGGUGCUUUUUAGAAAUGCAUUUCUUCAGGAAGUAGGAUCGGCUUCUUUUUUUAUUAUUAUUAUUAUUGUAUUUUAUGAACAACGUCAUUUCUGUUUCAUACUUGAAAGCAGCAUCUAUUAAAUGAAAGCAUUCUGUUUUAAGGAUUGCAGUUCUGUUGAUAAUGAGAUUCAUUUUUCGAUAAGGGAGUGUGAGGCGCUGCAGGCCGUUGAACUUGCCCGCUUCUCGCCCUGGCUUUUCUGAGCACAAUCAGGGAAUACGAUGCUGUCCUCAGAAGUAUUUUUGAGUAAGAGCACGUUACUUGGCCUGGAGAACAUCCUUCUACUUCAGAAGAUACAAACUAUAAGUGUAAGUUAAUUUUCCUGAUCUUAAGGUUAAAGUAUUUCCCUCACCAGAGCUUCUCCUCUGGCCACACAGAGGCCUCCCCAUUGGGAUCAUCUUGUCAUUUGUUCUCAUAACUUCUAUGAAGUUGCCUUCCCUUGUGUCUGUUGUUUUGUUUUUUGUUUUUUUUAGGUUAAUUUUGACUGUUUGCUUUACAUUGUUACAAUUUUGGGUGGCGCAGCGGGCCCGCUGAACGCGUCUUUAGACUAGUUGCAUUUUCUGCUAAUCCUCGGCAGAGCUUGCCGUCGUCGCUGCAGAAUGCAGAACACGUUUACGGCUGGAAGAGCAGCAGCGUCGGUCGCUGAGAGAGAAGCCUGCUUCUCCCAGACUUGUCUGUCCUCAGGUGCAUUUCUGACAACUGACCAAAAAAAAAGGCGCUUUGAUGUUUUUGUUUUUUCACCGCCGCGUGCCGUCCUCGUCACCACCAUUACCGCUAUAGCUCUUCCUUCAACAGACGGACUGUUUUACCGCUGAUUCUCAACACGGAGCUCUCUGCCUUCUGUAAACAAACUUAGCAUGAGUUCAUGUGCUUGAACGGUUAAAAAAAAGAAAAGAGGAUAAGAGACGGUCUAUUCCGGGCCCUCGUUUUGCUUAAAAACCGACACUUUGACAAACCCCGGAUUGCUGAUGAGCCCAAGACAUCAACACGUCUCAUGUCUUCAUCAGGCAUCGUAGGUCGAAGCCUUCAGUUUGUCAGCGCCAGGUUAGCGAUUUUCUCUGUUUCCAUCCACACUUAAAGCCUAAGGCUGCUCCUUGCUCCAUUUAUUGUUUAGGUACACAGCUCACUUAUACAUAUGAGUAUGUAUACAUACAUUAAUAUACUAAAGCACUAUUAAUGUGCCACCUCUUACUCUACUUGCUCAGCAUUUAUAUUAAAUGAUCUCUACUUAGAAUCAGCUAAAUGUUUUUGUUUCGGGUUUUUUUUGUUUUUGUUUUAUUUUGUUGUUUUUCUGUCCACUGGUUGCCAACACAGACUUUAUCCUUUCCCAGACGAAGGACCUCUGUGUGCAUUGAUGUGUGUUCACUUAAUCUUUUGUGUUCAAACAAAGUUGUUCUUUAUAGAAUAUGCUUCCGAAGAAGACAAAAAUCUGUAACUUUCGAAAAUUUAUAUGGAGAUGUUUUCUGUGUGUGCUAGAUCGUAUUGUAGGAAACGUACCCUCAUUUUUCUGUUUGUUUUGGGUUGCUCCCCUUUAAUUGUGCUGUACCUGGUAGUCGUGUUGAGAUCUUAGAACAGGGUUUGGGUCCCCCGCCCCUCCCCCUCCUCCUCCUCCUCCUCCCGCCCCACACCACUGCUCCAGUCAGAAGCCCCAGGAAGUUUCUUCUGGCAGUUUAGCUUUUUCAUUUCCUCUGUAACGCUCUUUUUACAUUAUUUGUUUAAGGAGCGUUAGAUCUGAAAAAAUGAACACGUCGGGAUUUAGAGUCAUACCAAUGAGCUCUAAAUUAAGAGUCAGCCAAAACUACCAAAAAGCUCGUUCUGCUGGAUGGGCCACUUCAGGUCUGAAUGAGCCUAAAAGCAUCUAGCUUAGCAGCGCGACUGUGCAGUGAUUGUAUGGGGGAGUUUACUUUAUAGUAAAUGGCAAAGAUGAUUAUUUCAAUCUUGUGUGUUUUUUUGUUUUGAGUGAAACUGCUGCCUACAGAUGGUGAAACAACCACCCACACCCUCGACCCUCUGUUACUGCUGUUCAAGGCUCACAUUUUAUUCUCAGACUUUCUGAGGAAAUUCACAAAAUUGAUUUUUUUUUUUUUAAAUAUUAUUCCCUUGUAAAAUAUCUCUUAAAUUAAGGUACAAGUUUGAUUUCAGCAAGAAAAAAAAGGUUUUUAUAUGUAUAUUAUACUCCAUUAAGGAAUGUCUAGAAUUAUCUUCCUCCAAUGUGGAUGUAGCCAUUAAUACGCCAUUUUAUGACUUUGUAAGAGAAUUCACUGUGUGAAAAUUGGUUUGCAUUUUUGUAUAAUACAAUCUGCUUUCUUUUUUUUUUUUGUUGUUUAUUUGAUACGAGAGGGAGCUCAAACUGGAAGUUUGAAGAAAGGAAAAAGAACCUGUGAAAUUGAGAAAACAAAAUGUAACUUAUGUGCAACAGUGAUUCUAAGCCCAGGGGGAAAGAUUAAAUGAUAUUGCUAACUGAG